ACCAAAAAUGGAAGGCACCCCGGUUGACAUUUUCAAAGACGACAAGUGCCUCUUGGCGCUCGCCGAAGACUGUUAUAUGAAUUCUACUUCGCAGUCUGGAUUUGCAGCAGGUCACAAUCUGACUUUGGACUCUGACGGGGAAGAGGAGUCAAUGUCCCCAAUAAUCCCCAUUAUCACAGCUGUGUACUCCGUGGUGUUUGUGGUGGGCUUGGUGGGCAACUGCCUCGUCAUGUAUGUUAUCAUCAGGUAUACAAAGAUGAAGACGGCCACCAACAUUUACAUAUUCAACCUGGCUCUGGCCGACGCCCUGGUCACCACGACAAUGCCUUUCCAGAGCACCGACUACCUGUUGAACUCGUGGCCGUUUGGCGAGGUGGUGUGUAAGGUGUUCAUAUCCAUCGACUACUACAACAUGUUCACCAGCAUCUUCACCCUAACCAUGAUGAGUGUUGACCGCUAUGUGGCCGUGUGCCACCCGGUCAAAGCCCUAGAUUUCCGGACACCCAUCAAUGCCAAGAUGAUCAACGUGUGUAUCUGGAUGCUGUCGUCGGCAGCCGGGAUACCAGCACUGCUACUGGGGGGCACCCAGACCAACAAUGGCACCACGGAGUGUGCCUUACAAUUCCCGGAGCCAUACGUGUACUGGGACACCGUGAUGAAGAUCUGUGUGUUUGUGUUUGCCUUCGUGGUGCCCGUGCUCAUCAUCACCGUGUGCUACUCCCUGAUGGUGCUACGACUCAAGAGCGUGCGUCUCCUCUCGGGCUCCCGGGAGAAGGACCGCAACCUGCGACGCAUAACCCGCCUGGUCAUGGUGGUGGUGGUGGUAUUCGUAGUGUGCUGGACGCCCAUCCACAUCUUCAUCCUGGUCAAGGCGCUGGUGAGCGUUCCAGAGACCACCGCCGUCAUGGCCGCCUACUUCUUCUGCGUCGCGCUGGGCUACACCAACAGCAGCCUCAACCCCGUCCUCUACGCAUUUCUGGAUGAGAACUUCAAGAGGUGCUUCAGGGACUUCUGCGUCUCGACAAAGCUGAAGAAGGGGGACAAGGGGUCGGGUAAAAACAACACCGUAAGGUCCCCGGAGGCCCCAGUUCCACUGGAGAACCCACACGGGACUAGAAAGCCGGCAUGACUAACCAUGGAAGUGUCUUUCAUUUCUCAAGUUGGAAAGGAAGACUCUAAUGAUCUGGGCCUAACCCAGGCGAUAUCAGGAAUGUGAGCACAGCAGUGCUACUGUUCCUCUGUAAAUAGCUCCAACUAGAUGACUGGUGUUCCAUUGUUUCUCUUGCAGUUAUUUGUUCCUAUCUCACAAUGGAGAUUCGCUAGGAUCACCUACUCUCGGAAGAACCUAUCGAAAGCGGUUGUUGGAGACAGAGCCAUAGAGCGGUGAAUGAGGUGAGCACCUCGCCUCCUUUAAAGGAGCCACUCUCCCGCCCUCUGGUUAUUCUCGCCUCUCUUCCACACGAAGAGUUUUACUCUCUAGCUCACCUCAUAUCAACAGGAUCUCUGUUUUCCUGCUUAAUGGCUCAAGUGAACUGUGAAGGAUAUCGCUGCUGAGCGUCGGUCUUCAGACUCUGUCAAGAGGUUGAGUACUGACCGGAAGGUUUUUGUUUUGUGCAGAAAUGUGUUUUCUACUUCUCAGUCUCUGUUGGUAGCUAGCUUCAUGGCUAGCUAUUGAAACUUGGUUAGCCAACGCUGCAAGGCUAACUUGGCUAUCUCGCUGAGAGCCAAGCUAACCUCAAUAGCAGAUCCUACCUGCAACACGGUAGCAUUGCUAGCUCCCUUCUCUCGUCUAGUGCCCCCACUUGGUUUCCUUCAGCCAGCACUGAGCUAGCCACGCCACACCUUCACCAAGUAGUAGCUGCUAGCUAACACCCCACUAGCCUUGGCUAUAGCGUACUACUGUGCUCAUUAUUGCUAGCUGUUAGCCACAAGGCUUCUAACUAGCUAGCUUAUUACUCUGUUUACAUGAGCUACUAUUUCCUAGCCACAUGCCGCAAGGCUUCUAAUUAGCUGGCCUAUGCCGUCGUUACGUUGUUCUUACAAAAGGUGUUGCUUUCUCCCCGUAGCAAGUUCCAAAAAGUGAAAAAAAGU